ACAGGAAGCUCCAUUUCACACCGGAAGUAUAUUGGUUGGGGUUAACCAUGAUUUAAUUUAAAAAAAUGUACAAUACAUACUAGAAGUCAGUGUUUUUCACAGAAAAACGCUGGCCCCUCCACUGCCUGUCACCAUGCCUGCUCUGCUGGACAGACCGAAGCUGUCCAACGCUAUGGCCAGAGCCCUCCACAAACACAUAAUGAGAGAAAGGGAGCGUAAAAGGCAAGAGGAGGAAGAGGUGGACAAGAUGAUGGAGCAGAAGAUGAAAGAGGAAGAAGAGCGAAAGAGAACAAAAGAGAUAGAGGAGAGGAUGUCCUUGGAGGAGACCAAAGAACAGGUGAUGAAGAUGGGGGAGAAGCUGCAGGGACUACAGGAGGAGAAGCAUCAGCUCUUCCUCCAGCUGAAGAAGGUCCUGCACGAGGAGGAGAAGAGACGCAGGAAGGAGCAGAGUGACAUCACAACACUGACGUCAGCCAGCUAUCAGCCCAGUCUAACCAUGCACACAGGACAGCAUCUCCUUAACAUUGAAUGCAGUCCAGUCAGUCACAACAGGGCCGGGAGUCUGAUGUCGGAGCGCAGUAAGCAGUUGUUUCCAACACCGGUCAACCCGAGUGACCGUUUCACUCUCCUCGCUCCACAGGGCCGUCACUACCAGAACCAGGCUGGGUUCAGUGCGGGCCCGGCUGAACACGGACAGUUUGGGGGUAGUCAGUCGGUCCACGAGAGCUACGGCGUGGCCCAGACACAACACCCCUCCACCUACGCCCCCGGUCCCUCUGUACCCGUCAGCUUCGCCAGCAGCUCCCAGAUCAGAGGUGUGUCUGCAUUCCAGGCAAUGCAGUACCUCCCUCAUCAGCAGCCAGGCUAUGCUGUUCACAGUCACUUCACGUCCCAGCCUGGAUUCAUCCCUGGUGCUGGAAUACCCCUUCAGAAGCAGUUGGAACAUGCCAACCAACAGUCUGGCUUCACUGAUGCGGGUGCUCUGAGACCCAUGCACCCCCAAGCCCUCCAUACGUCCGCUGCUGGCCUGCUCCCCACUCCCUCCAUGGCUGUCCAGAUCCCCACUCCCAAGAGCUCUCCCCAAGCGGCUCCCCGCCACGCUUUCCUCCCCCUCACCCAGAGUGGACAGAGAAUCUAUCACCACAGCAAGUAACCAUGGUUACCUCCCCAAACUACCUUUACCAGGAGUUCUUAUCGUUGAGAUUUCAUAGGCUUCUAGAAGACUGGAAUGAUGGGACAAUAAACUUGGAUUUUGAUGGUUGAUUGUAAAGCCCAAACCUACAGGCUUGACUUYGUAGUAAUAUUUCUUGUAUAGUUUAUUAGUGCUGUAUUACUUUAGUUUUAGAGGCCUAGGUGUUCUAGGAAACCAUUUUCUCCACUGUGAAACUGUAUAGUGUUAUACUUUGUCAAUUUUAUUGUGUGUUUGGAUGUAUUACCUCAACUAUUAUGUCCGCGAAAUAAAUAAAUAAAGCACACACCAUUUCUAACAAUUUGUGUCUUCUUUAAUUCGUUUGGGGAGAGGGAGACAUUCUGCACAGUUUGGACUUCUUUGUGGAUGCAAAAACCAAAUGCCAUAACUUUUUCUCAUUCAUGAGUUUGUACAAAGUAA